AUGUUGACCACCGAUGACAGUGUCGGCGAUAAUACGGCCGAUAAUAUCGACAAUUAUGUUAACGAUUCAAAUACUGUUAAAGAAAUGCUACCACUGAUGACCAGUCAAGUGAAAAAUGAGUAUCUAAUGCCGGAGAUGAGCGAUGAUUACGAAGUAGCGGUUCCAGUGGUGGUCACGAACUCUACACCCAAACUAAUGACUCAAUCAAAGCGUGUGACGCGGACUACGAAUAAGAUUAGAGCUAAAUCAACGCAGAGCGCCAACAACGAUCGUAACGCCACGGAUCAGCUCAAAUGUCCUAAAAUAGGCUGUUAUCAGAGUUUGAGUUCGCAAAACCAAUUGGACAAACACAUUGUCAGCGCUCACCCGAACGCCCGGCCCUAUCGGUGUUCCUAUUGUCCCAAAGCAUACAAACGAUCGUAUCAUUUGAAACAACACCACAACAAGACUCACGCCGACGACCAGCCAAUGCGCGGCCGAAUCUCAGUCGACGACGAGAGGCAAAACUUUAGUCGAUGUCGUCUCGCAGACCGAUCGGGAUAUCUGUGCGAUUGGCCCGACUGUCAACAGCUUAUCGUCACUUAUGACGGUUUCAAGUCUCAUAUGCGGAUUCACCGCGGUGAUUAUCGGUACGCAUGCGAUGAGUGCGACAAACAAUACGUGAAUAACUAUAGUCUGAUACGACACCAAAGAGAGAGUCACAACAGAUCCGUGGACUACGAGUGUCAGUACCCGGACUGUCACUACAAGACAUCCCUAAGAUUUCGACUUAACUCACAUUACAUGAUACACAACAACCAGAAGGCGUUUAAGUGUCGCAUCAAUGGCUGUAAAUCCAGUUUCAAUAUCGAGUAUGACUUAACUAGACAUAAAGUCCGUAAACACGGUCUCAAUCGUGUCCAACGUAUUGUCUCGACGGACACUAACUCCAGAUUUAUGUCUCAAUUGCCCAUCGAUUAA